GCAGUCAGUCACACUGUCAUCACACAUCGAACGCUACGAACCCCCCAGUAUUGAAUCGUUGGACAGCUGUUCAACAGCUGAUAAAUAUCGUUAUCAGGAAAAAUCCUUCAAGAUAUUUUAUUUAUUUUUUGGGUGAAAGUAAAUCUAGCUGUUCAAUCGUUCGUUUUUUUAGAAGUGUGUCUAAUCCGCAAAAUGUCAACACGAUAUCUGCGGAAAGUUUAUGGAAACGAUGGAAUUUUAAAGGAGAACCGUGAAGAUUUGGGCGACUUUGAAGGACCACCGAUCAGCGAAUCAAAAUUGUUCAAUGUUUUCGAUUUGCUGAAUGAAAAUUCUGAAAACGAAGAGAGAGGGCAAGAAUCUACUGCAGGUGAUGAUUUUGAGUCCCAGAGUUCAAAGCGCAAGAAGAAAAAAAAGAAAAAGAAGAAAGCUGACCAUGCCAAAAAUUGCGAUGUUGCCAAAGAAGAAGAGGAGGAAGUUGAACCAACUGAUGAAAUUGAGAGAACUGUCAGAGAAGUGAACAAAUUAUUGGGUGAGCCGCAACCAGGUUCAAGCAAAGAUGAAGUUGAUCAGCCCGUUAAGAGAUCCAAGGAAUUGAUACUCUCAAUACAACACAAACAAUUAAAUCCAUACAAUGAAUUGAAAAGGAUAUGUGGCAGUAAAAUUGUCCAGGCUGAACAGAGUAAAAGGCGAAAUCGUGGCCGAACUGGAUACACGAAGAAAACACACCUCGUCGUACCACGAGACAAUUGGUCACCGAUUGGAAAGUCGGGUCUUUCGAUGUCGAUCGACACAGGCAUUGAAGCUGAAAACGGCGUAACUUAUUUCGUUUUUGUUCACGGAUCAUCUUACCGGGAAAUUCAAAAAAAAUUCUUUGAUGCCGUUGACAGUCAAAAUCCUGAAAAUAUAAUCAACAUUAUGAACGCUCAUACCUACCACGUCGACACUCUUCUACAAACUUCUGAAUUAUGUAAGCUCAACGAAGAUUUGCAAAUGUCGGCAGAGCUCAUUGAACGGGCAGUUUAUUGUAUGGAAUGCGCUUUGCAUCCGUCAUUCAAUAUAGCGACUGGGAAAUGCAGAUUAAGCUACAAAAAGCAAGCCAAUAGAGCGUUUUACAUCACACUGUUCAAACACAUGAUGUUCGUCGGUGGACGAGCUUUUUACAGGACGAGUCUGGAAUUUUGCAAAUUCAUAAUGACCCUUGAUCCCGUGAGCGAUCCUCUGGCGAUAACUUUGGCGAUAGAUUUCUACGCACUUCGUUCCCGGGAGUACGAGUGGUUCAUAGAUUUUUGUGAGCUGUGGGAUGAACCAAGGAAUCUAAUGCAACUGCCGAACAUAGCGUUUAGUUUGGCACUGGCUCAUUUUCAUUGUAAUGAGCACGAGGUGGCGGACGAACUUUUGCAAAACGCUCUCUUCAUGUUUCCCGGAGUACUGUUGCCGCUUCUGGAUAAAUGUGGCGUUCAAACAGACUUGAAGGUUUUGGGUCACGACUAUUUCAACAGCAAAGCCAAGUCGACGACCUCUGCGGGUCUUGAAAAAUUACAAGAUUUGUACGUCGCGAGAAGCUAUCAUUUGUGGAAAGAACCCGAAGUUUUAUUGUUUCUCGAAAACGCGACUCAUAACGUUCUUCGUCGUGUUGAUGCUGGCGAUGAAUACGCCAAAUUCUGUAGCAACAAACGAACCUUGAGGUACCAAGGACAACCUCCGAGGAGCGUUCUUCGGCACAUUGUUCUCUCGGACUUCAAAGAUGUCACGAUCAGUCAUCCCGCGAUCAGAGAUUCCGGACCGAUAUUUUCUUACGAUCCACUUCCACCAGCAGAUUCAGUGGACAUUUAUCAAAGGCAAAGAACAGUUCAAAGACCAGCGCAAGCGAAUUCGAACCUUUUCUCGUUGUUCAUGUCUUCGUUGUACACGGAUCUUGCAGGAAAUAUUCCUAACAUCGCUUUGAACGGUUUUGAGCUUUAUGAGGGCGAAGAGGACAUUUCGGACGACGAAAUCGAUUAAAAAAUUCCAUGAAAUCAUUUAAUUUUAGUUCAUAAGGGAAACAAACAGCGAGGCUGACGGAAUGAUGAUAAGAUCGCAUCUGUCGUUCAAAUGUAAUAUAUUUUCUUUUUUUCUUAUAGCAUAAUACCCUAAACUUCGAUUCGUACUCGUUUACACGUAGCAAUACUAUCAUUGUAACGGCGCUGUGCUGAAAAAGUAGAACUUCUCGGUAUGUAAAUAGGGGCGUAUAAACGAAAAAGCAAGAAGUAAAGAAAGUCAAAGGAAAAUAAGAAAAUAGGGGAAAGGAGUUUUAUCAAUAAGGAAAAUUAUGAAAGGAAAAUUCAACGAGACCCCUUAUCUUGGAAUAAAAAAGGAAAAAUUUACUUAUCAAGGA